CAAUAGCUGGAAUAAAAGGGGAACAAGGUUGAACUAGGAGAAACAAAAGAACAUGGACUAUUAAAAAGGGAACUAUACCAAGGCGGGACAAAAGGAAAUCAAGAACAAGCCACGACAGACAAGUUGGCCAAGCCAUGGCUUGCUGCAAGGAAAUACGAAGCAGCAGCUGGAUUUAUCCUACCCUGGUUCUCUGCAUUUAUGGAUUUUUCUCCAUGAUGAGGCCAUCAGAACCUUUCCUCACCCCUUAUCUAACAGGACCAGAUAAAAACCUGACUAUCAAUGAGGUUACAAACCAGGUUUUCCCAGUUUGGACAUACUCCUAUCUGGUGCUGCUGUUUCCCGUUUUCUUGAUUACGGACUAUCUGCGCUAUAAGCCCAUCAUUAGUCUACAAGGCCUUAGCUUCAUUAUUACAUGGCUGAUGCUUUUAUUUUUCCAAGGAGUGUUAGCCAUGCAGUGGAUGGAGUUUUUUUAUGGGAUGGUAACAGCCACUGAAGUUGCCUAUUAUGCCUACAUUUACAGUGUUGUCAGUGCUGAUCAUUAUCAGAAAGUGACUAGUUAUUGCAGAAGCAUCACACUUGUUUCAACCACAGUUGCAGCAGUGUUGGGGCAACUUUUAGUAUCUUUGGCAGAGCUAUCCUAUUUUUAUCUAAAUGCCAUUAGUUUGGCUUCUCUGUCCUUGGCCUUCCUAGCCUCAUUUUUUCUACCAAUGCCAAAAAAAAGUAUGUUCUUUCACAAAAAUCAUAUCCCUGAAAUUCCCCAAGGAACAAUGGGACAAGACACAAUGUCAAAUGCACCCAGCAUUAGCGAGCAGCCAAGUUGCCAAGAGGACAAAGAUGUUGUGAAAUCAUCUGUCAUUUCCAGGACAUUGCCUGAAUGCCAGUCCGACAAGCACCAGUGUCAUAUGCUUGUGCAGUUAUGCAAGGAUUUAAAGGAAUGCUAUUGCACAAAGAAGCUUCUUUACUGGUCCCUAUGGUGGGCUUUAGCCACUGCAGGCUAUAACCAGAUUGUGAAUUACAUCCAGGUGUUAUGGGACGACAGAGCACCCUCUCAGAAUUAUGAGAUUUAUAAUGGGGCUGUUGAGGCAGCAGCAACAUUUCUGAGUUCAGUAACCUCCAUGGCAGUAGGAUAUGUGAAAAUUAACUGGGAUCUUUCAGGAGAGCUAGCACUGGGAAUCUUCUCUGCAGUGGAUGCUGGUUCACUAUUUCUCAUGCAUUUUACUACCAACAUCUGGGCAUGCUAUGCUAGCUAUCUAGUUUUCAAGUCAUGUUAUAUGCUCCUCAUAACAAUAUCAACGUUUCAGAUCGCUGUCAAUCUAAGCAUGGAACGCUACGCUUUGAUGUUUGGAUUCAACAACUUUGUUGCCCUGGUGAUUCAGACCAUUAUAACUGUAGUCGUAGUUGAUUCAAGAGGUCUGGGAUUGAAGAUAGUCACCCAGUUCCUAAUUUAUGGCAGUUACUUUGCAGUCAUAGCUGGGAUUUUCUUGAUCAGAAGCAUUUACACAAUUGUCUCAAUCCAAUGCAAAAAGGAAACACAGAACUCCUCCAACGGAUCUCAGAACAUUAAGGAACAAGAAUCAGAAACCAGAUUAUAACCAGCUAUGCAAACAUCUGUAGUUUUAAUGACUUAUCAAAAAUGCCCCUGCCUACAAAACUCACUGAAGUCAAUGAGAGAUUGCAGUAAGGGAAGCAGCACUUAGUCCUUCAUGUACGCCCCUGCUAAAUCACAACAAACUUACGCCAGCCGAAAGAAUUGCUUGAUAUAAUUGAACACCAGAUCUUCAGCUGGUGUAAAUCAAUAUUGUGCCACUGAUCUGGACUGAUCUACACUAACUUAUACCCUUCUGAGGAACUGGCCCAUCAUACUGACAUUUGGCCAAAAAAGGAAAGAAUCUGGUUUGAUUGGAUUCUGAUUUAUUUACACAACAGCAUAACAAUUUCAAUCUAUAGUUAUGCCAAAAAUACCAAGGUUCUUUUCCCCUCUCUCUCAAGCUUUUGAAAAAAUUGUAAAUAGGCUGCUUUCCAUUCAGCAAUUCAGCUUUGCUACUCCAAGUGGGAUGAGGGUUUUUCCUAUGCCUGUAGAAGAAUUACUGACUCUACACCCCUAUAACAUUCCUUCUUAGUUUUGUAUCUAUAAUGCUGUUUCCUCCCCUCCACCUUUAAGAUCACUCUUGAAAACUGGGCCUUUCACUCAUGAUGGUUGGAGAAGCCAGGUUCCCCAGAACAACUGUGAUGGUUAAAUUGAAAAAAAAAAAAAAGAAAGAAAGAAAGAGUCAAGUCAUCAUUAUUUAUAUUUCGAAAGCUGUUGCUUGAACUUCAUGGUGAAUCCAUGGCAAACUUGGGCUGGAAGAAGAGGAAGAAAAUUUAAGAAUCAAGGCAAAAGAUAAACAGAGAAUCCCACUCAUUUGCUUGUGCCUAGAUACAGAGUUAAUUUAAAUUAAGGGCACAUGUUUCUCCGUAUCUCUAAAUUCAAAGAGAUUGUCCAGUAUGCAGUACAACCAGGAUAGGUGAAGUGUGGGGAAAUGUGGUUUGGUACAAUACAGGAAAAUUCCAAACUAAAUGAGUGAGGCAGGAAGAUGCAUCAAAUAAAAAUAAACACUGCAGGUAUAUUCAUUAAGUGCCAAAUCACCAGGUCCACUGAUAUCAGAUGAGGAUUUUCAUGAGUAAGGACUUCAGAAUUUAUAAAAGGCUUGAAGCCCUACAGUUCAGCUGAACAGUGAGAGAAAGUCACAUCCUGAAUGACAGGAGAGAGAUUCAGAAAGCACAGAUCCACCUUGUGGAUGGCCAGCCUCACAUAAGUUAUAUCAAUUCUUUUUU